AUGUUUACCAUUCGCCCGCAAGACUUCGAGUCCGAAAUGGCGCGGUAUGCCCGGCAGUUAUGCGCCACCAGACUCAUAGCCCUGCAGACUGAGCCACUGCUAAAAGCCCAUAACCAAAAACCCCCACAGUCACAGGCACAGGCACAACCACUUGGCUGCAUAGCUCUCCAUCCACUCUGCCUGAAUGGACAAUUGGACGCCCUUCCUGCAUCUCCAUCACAGCCCAAACUCGACAGCAGUGGCAAUGAUGGUGAUGCUGGGGCUAGUGGUAGUUAUGCGAAACCCAAAUAUUGUGAACUGAAGCGGUUAUAUGUCACGCCAUCAGCACAGGGGUGGGGGGUGGGAAAGGCGCUGGUGAAAGUUAUAUUGGACAUCGCGCGGGAGAUCGGGUAUGAAGAGGUGAUGCUUGAUACGUUGCCUGAUAUGAGAGAGGCGAUUAAUAUGUUUAGUGGGAUGGGGUUUGGUGUGGUUGAGAAGUAUUAUGAGAAGGCAAUUGAGGGGACGGUGUUUUUGAGGUUGAAGCUCUAA